GCUGGCGGGUGAGGGGCGGGGGCAGAGCGGCGCGCUCCCAUUGGCGCAGAGAGGCAGGGGCGGGGGCCUGGAGCGAUGGCGGCGGCGGCGCUGCGGUCCCGGGGCGGCGGAGCGGUGCUGGCGACGCUGCUGGGCCGGCCCCGGCGCGGCUACAAGAGCACCUUCCGUGCCUCGGAGCUGGAGCUGGAGCGCUCGGGGGCCCCCCGGACGCCCCCGGCCCCCCAGGAGCUCGUUUUCGGGAGGGUCUUCACCGACCACAUGCUGACGGUGGAGUGGAGCCGCGCCGGGGGCUGGGGGCGCCCCCAGAUCCGCCCCUUCCAGGAGCUGCGGCUGCACCCGGCCUCGUCCGCCCUGCACUACGCCCCCCAGCUCUUCGAGGGGCUCAAGGCUUUUCGGGGCGACGACGACAAAAUUCGGCUUUUCCGCCCCGAGCUGAACAUGGAGAGGAUGCAGAGAUCGGCCCGCAGGGUCUGCCUGCCCGAGUUCGACGGGCGGGAGCUGCUCGAGUGCAUCCGGGCGCUGGUGCGGCUCGAGGGGCGCUGGGUGCCCCGGGACCCCCGGAGCAGCCUCUACAUCCGGCCCGCGCUCAUCGGCACCGAGGUCCCGCUCUGGGGGGUGGCGCCCCCCGGGCGGGCGCUGCUCUUCGUGCUGCUCUGCCCGGUCGGGCCGUACUUCCCCAGCGGCUUCGGGCCCGUGCGGCUCCUGGCGGACCCGCGGCACGCGCGCGCCUGGCCCGGCGGCGCCGGACACUGCAAGCUGGGCGGGAAUUACGGGCCGUGCCUGGAGCUGCAGGAGGCGGCGCGGGCCCGCGGGUGCCACCAGGUGCUGUGGCUGCACGGCCCCGAGCGGCACCUGACCGAGGUGGGCACCAUGAACCUCUUCGUCUUCUGGGAGCGCCCGGACGGGGGGCUGGAGCUGGUGACCCCCCCCCUGGACGGGCUGAUCCUGCCCGGGGUGACCCGGCAGAGCCUCCUGGAGCUGGCCCGGCAGUGGGGUGAGUUCGAGGUGCGCGAGGCCCCCCUGCCCAUGGGCAGCGUUUUGGGGGCGCUGCAGGGGGGGCGGCUCCGGGAGAUGUUCGGGGCCGGCACCGCCUGCGUCGUCUGCCCCGUGGGGGAGAUCCUGUACCAGGACAAGCUGCACGCGGUGCCCACCAUGGAGAACGGCCCCGAGGUGGCCGGGAGGUUCCUGCGGGAGCUCAGCGACAUCCAGUACGGGCCGCGUCCCCAGCCCGUGGGCCCAGCCCGUGUGACCCCCCCCCCCAAAAAGAAGAACCAGCACCGGACACUCCGGGGGGCCGGGACCCCUCCCCCACCAAAGGUCAGCGGGGGUCGUUAA